UGCUGGAGUGACAUUACAGUCGUAAUCUCGUACUGCAGAUAGAGCGUUAGCUAACUGGCUAAUUCUCUAACCUGACAUUUUCAGAGUUUUUUUUUUUUUAACAUGAGCGAUGACGUGUAGAAAACACGUCGAAGACCUGCUCAGAGCUAAGCUACUUUAUUAGAAGGAUGAAAACAACAAGAGGAUUUAAACGUCCAUCUGUCAGCCGCUGAACUAGCUGCUUUAAAACUAGCUAGCUGAGACUCAUAAAUAUCGGCCUAGCAUGAAGGACCUUAGGAGCUAAUUUAGCUAAGAACAAAGACCUGCUGGAGAUAUACUAAAACAGUUGUAUCUGUGGCCUGCUUGUACUACAAGAAGGGGAAAAAACGAAGCCAUUUCGGAAAUGCUCUUAAACUCCAUUCAUUUUUGUUUCCGGUAAAACAAAGAGGGGCCCGAUGGGUUGCAAAACAGAGCUAAAAUGCAAUUGGACUCACGUGGGUGCCGUGACUUACACACUCGCCCUAGUGGAAACAGGCGAGGGAGUUGUGUGUGUACAUACAACCCUCUGAAGGGCUCCGGACAUUGCCGUCUUCAUAUGGAUACUGAAAUACUCAAGCGUUCACAAUAUUUCUACAGAAGAGACAAGUUUUUUUUCCCCUGGCACGAGUUAAGUUCAGAAGUAUGAGCUGUCAUUUAGGCCAGAAGACCACAAGAGCUCAGUUUUUGUUCUCCAUCUUCAUAAUUACGGUCUUUUAUUAGACGGACCCUCCCAGCGGGCACCGGGCUCCUGCAGAGACUGUGGUGGAUUUUUAAUUUUUUUUUUUUAUUCAUUGUUUCCUUUUUCUGUUUGACUCGAUAUUUCCACAUACCCUCCAUUGUUUUUUUAUUUUUUUAUUUUUUUAAUUUUUUUGAGGGGGUUUCAUUUGGUCUGUCUCAUGUUUGACUCAUGCGUUCACAUUCUCUAGUGCACUCUGAAACGUACACCUUGUUCUUGAGAGAGAGAGAGAGAGAGAGAGAGAGAGUACUGUUUAACUGGGCUUCCUGUAUUACUGACUGCUUUGUUUGCUGCUGUUUCUAUUCAGCCUCUCUGAUCGCUGAAACACAGGGCUUAGAAUCGAUUUGCACUAAACUAGCUUUCACUUGAUUCUUCUCUUUCUGCCAAAUUGUGUCACAUUCAAGCCAUAUAAAUUUCUAUUUUUUGAUGAAACUAUAAAUCUAUUUUAUCACAGUUAAUUUAGGUCAUAAAUUGUAUAUGUAUUUUUACGUAUAGGCGCACAUAAACACCUGCACUGUGCGCAUCAGAUGAAGUUGUUUUGAAUUUGUGCACCUUUUUUUUUUUUGAGGCUAUUUUUACAUUUCAAAACAUAAUUUAUAAAGCAUGUAAAUUAUAUAUUAUUAUUGUUAUAUUUACCUGAAGUUACUAUGAAAGGUAGACCGUAUGACAGUUCUUUCUUUCUGUAGCUUAGCAAGCGUACAUCAAGCGCUCAUUUUCUGACCCCUAAAAUCCGCUUUUAGCUCCGUGUUUUCUCCCCAAUGCCUGCGGGUCUCAGUGUGGGUGGGGCUCUCGGAGACCCCUCCCCUUCCCGCCGCUUUCGUCCCAGUCGCUAUGUGCCUGUAUCUGCAGCGACAAUCUUCCUCGUUGGGGCUACGACACUUUUCCUGUGCUUCACUUGUCCUUGGCUGGCAGAGCGUUUCUCUUCUUCCAUUCCUGUCUAUAACGUCAUGGUCUUCCUCUUCACCCUGGCCAACUUUUGCAUGGCUACAUUUAUGGACCCAGGCAUCUUUCCCAGAGCGGAGGAAGAUGAAGAUAAGGAAGAUGAUUUCCGGGCUCCUCUCUAUAAGACGGUGGAGGUGAGGAACAUUCAGGUGCGCAUGAAAUGGUGUUCCACAUGCCGCUUCUACAGACCUCCCCGAUGCUCUCAUUGCUCCGUGUGCGACAACUGUGUCGAGGAGUUUGACCAUCACUGUCCUUGGGUCAAUAACUGCAUCGGGAGGCGGAACUACCGUUAUUUCUUCCUGUUCCUUUUAUCUCUCACUAUACACAUAAUGGGAGUGUUUGGAUGCAGCCUGCUGUACAUCCUCUAUCACACUGAACAACUGGAUGAAGUGCACUCUGGAGUUACUAUGGCAGUGAUGUGUAUCGCAGGCCUAUUUUUCGUCCCAGUAGCAGGACUCACCGGUUUCCAUAUUGUGCUGGUAGCCAGAGGAAGAACGACAAACGAACAGGUCACAGGGAAGUUUAGAGGGGGCGUCAACCCAUUCACACAUGGAUGUUGUAAAAACGUGUCUCAUGUACUAUGUAGCUCUCAGGCUCCAAGGUACAUAGGGAGGUUGAAGCAGACCCAGUCCCUUCAGGUUCAGCCUCCGUUUCUGCGGCCUCAACUCUCUGAAGCACAGCUUGCGGCAAAAGCCCUGGACAAUGGGAUCCAGCAGUCUAAGAGCAGUCUGGAGGCCAUGGAAAGUCAGUCUACAGAUAUUGAGCCGCCCCCACCUCCUAAACCGGAGCACAGAUACCAUGGGCUGCCUCACACACACAAUGAAGAGAGCAGUCUCCUGAGUGAAGCACCACCCACACCUGCGUUAUAUAAAUACCGGCCGUCCUACAGCAGUCCAGGAAAAAACCACACACAUUCCACACACAAGAUGAAUCGGGGGGACAGUGUGACAGAGUCGCCCUCCGUCCCCCUGUCAACUGGGCAUGCCAGCUAUCGUUCAGAGCCUAGUCUUUCGGGCCGGGGAAUUUCUGGGUGGCGACCAGGAGGGGGAGGGGAGGGAGGCAGAGCAGGCUCGGGGGGACUGGGUGGGCCGUCUGCUCUCGGAGGGCGGUCUUAUCCUUCCUUCACUGACACGCUCCUACACUCAGCGGUGGCCUCGUGCUCCUCCAGUAUCCGCUCUGCUCAGACAACCCACAAUGCACUUGGGCCACUGCUGUCUGAGGGCACAACCUCUACUAGCUAUAAAAGUUUGGCUAAUCAGACUCGGAACGGCAGCCUGUCUUAUGACAGUCUGCUGACGCCUUCGGAGAGCCCGGAGUUUGAAUCAGCUGCUCCUGAGCUGUCCCCGCCCAGGCCGGCACCCCCACGCUCCCUCGGUUCUACUCCUGGGGCUCCACCCAUCAUGGGUUACACCUCACCGUUCUUGUCUGCUCAGCAGAGAGAGGGCUCUCUCCAGGCCUGCCCUGCCCCCCUAAGACCCUCCCCCAACAGACCUUUCCUGCGCCCCACAAGCCCACCCCCUUCCCGAGCUCCACCCCUGUCUCCUCGAGCUCGCUCUUUGGGUUCACCGCCUCCUGGCCCCACCACAGGAAGCAUUCCUAUGGGCAAAUCGUUAUCCUACGCAAGUGGAGCGGAGUUACGGCAAUGCCCAUAUAACACAGGGGGUGGUACUUCCACGUCAAACUCUAGGCAGAGACUGACCAAUCACAGCACCCAUGCACACAAACCUGGCGGCGGUGUGAAGAAAGUGAGCGGUGUCGGAGGAACAACUUAUGAGAUUUCAGUAUGAUUUCUUUUUUUGAACGACGCAGAGGAUUUACUCGUGUCUUCUGCCAACAGGAUGACUAGAGAGCAGAUCAUCCAUGUAAGCCAAACAAAAAACAAUCAAAGUACAAAGACACAAAGCAAAAAGAAGGAAAGAAAACAAUCUUGUCCUGGAUCCAACUUUGGAGGAAGAACGCUAAAAUGCGGAUUAGUGAAUAAAAAGCCUAAUCUCCAUAUCAUGGUUUAUGAAUCUCCAUUAUUAUUAUUAUAAUUAUUUUUUACAUAUUUAAAGAAUUGUUUAAGAUCCACGAAGGCUGUUCCAUCCAGACUGGAGCUGCCGAACUUGCUGUAUGAACAAUUGAUUAUAGACUCCAAUGGAAAUCUUUUUUUUGUUUGUUUGUUUUCUCUGCAUACUCUGGGCUUUCAUUUUACUUGUAAUUUGUAUGUUUCUUUUCUUAUUAUUAUUUUAUACCGGUACUGAUACAGUAUAGUGUAAGAUUUAUUGAAUAUGUUUGAUAGGAAUGUCAAUAAUAGUAGCACAUAGGUUGUGCUUUUUUCUGUUUGUUUGUUUGUUUGAAUUUUGCUGUUGAAUAUAGUAGACGGCUGCAUCAGCCAGUCCGAACCCGAGCUGGAGUUCACAGCCAAAGAGACAAGUGUCGUCAGGGACCUGCUUUUGAUAGACAGCACACUUGGCAAAUAAGAAUGUAACAUUUGAAUCAUUACAGCACAAAUGUUUUGUGAUGGAAAAAUCUGGGUACUGUACGUAUUUUGUGCAAGUUAAGGGUUCCUUUGGGUUCUUUGUUAUUUGUCUAUUAAUCUGGAAGGAGCCAUUUCAAACGCUGGCCAGAGGAGUGUGCUCUGGUCUCGUGAAAGUAAAUGCUGGAUGUGCAGUAUGCCACUGAGACAGGGGAACUGUACCAUAUCGGGGUUUUUUUUUUUAAUUUUUAUUUUUAUAGGCAGUGGUUAAGGUUAAGAGCUGGAUUAUAAAAUGUAUUCUGACCAUCGCUUUGAGGUGUGUGUGUGAGUGAGUGAGAAAAUUGCAGAGAAACAAUUAUUGAUGUCUCAAUCUAUUCUAGAGCACAUUCCAGCGUUGAACCUCUUCAGACACUCUGCUAAUUGUAGUGUGUGUGUGUUUGUGUGAGAGAGUAAGUAAGUGAAAUGCAAAAAGAGAAUAUGUAAGCUUCACAUUUAGCUUUGAAUCAGAGGACCAGGUCAGUGUAACAUUAAAGCGGUUAUGCAGUGACACACAAACGUAUUUUUACUGAUAACCUUUUGUCAUUUCCACCAUGGCCUUAUAAAGCCUUUUUUAACUGUAAUUUACCUGCACGCAUUAACAGGACAAAAGGAUUAGGUUUAAAGGGUGGAGGUUUUUUCUACCUGUCUGUAUUCUUUUAAUUCGGGUGACACUGGGUCACAUGAGCCAACACAUUUCCAACAAAACAAUAAAUAAGAUUGCAACACUGAAA